GUGGUUUCAUUUCAAGAUGGCGACAGGCGGCUAGUUGAAACACAGACGAGCUUUGGUGCAGGUUAUUAUUUGGACGGCAAUAACGGCAAGGGUUUUGUUGAUUAUCGUAAACCUAUAAAAUAAUCCGUCCGCUGUAUUUACUCCACCUUCCGAACAAUACACCGAGUACAGCAUGUUUAUCGACAGAGUCACGCAGGCGUACCGGUGGGUGUGUUUAUUGAUCUGGCCCAGCUGUCCGACGGGUGCUAUAAAUAACACUAGAAUUGGCUUGGCACAGCUGAGAUGAGGCCACGGCAAGAUGAAUGCCCCUUAGUGUUAAACUUAGUGAGUUUUUUUCCCCAACUUUAAAUUGACGGUCUGCUUGCGAGGACGGGAUGAACCUGGCGCCCAGCCCCAGCAUGCUGGCUGCGGGGCUUCCCGGCCCGAUGGGGGCAGACCGGUGCGACGACGAGGAGGUGGCCUCCAUCUGCCCGCUGCUCACGCCCUCUCCCUCCUCGGGCUUCGACCAUCCCCUGGCCAUCAUCAGCCAGGCGGCCGGUGGAAUGUCCUAUGGCCAAAAAAUCAGCCCCACAAGCAUUGACAACAUGGAGAUCCCGACUUUGGCAGCUCUGAGUGGCAACGCUGCUUUGGGAUACGUGGGCUUGACUGCAGCUCGUAGCGAACACUCUCAGGGGAACACUGAAGGAGAGCCCCGGCUGUCGGACGCCGGCAGCAGCGUGGUGGGCUCGUCGUCCUCCAGCAGCUCCGCGCUGCACGAGCCCACGGCCUGCGCACAGCUGCUCGGGGCACGCCACUACCAGCACCUCGCCACGGGCGCCCACGGGGACGCCUUCGCCUGCCAGGAGAACGGUGGCAAGCCGGCGCUGGCGGCGAGGAGGGCCCCCGGCGAAUACUGCUUCCUGGCCUGGAACUGGCCGCUGAUCCGCAAGGCCAGCUUCUGGGGCUGUGUGUCGCUGCUGGUGGCGUGCACUUGCGUGGUGAUCGCGGUGAUGGCCAGCCUGCCCGGCGAGUGCAGCCCGCCUCGCCGCUGGUGGCAGGGCAGCCUGUUCUACGAGAUAUUCCCCGGCUCCUUCCAGGAUUCCAAUGCUGACACAAUAGGUGAUUUCCAAGGAAUAAGAAGUCGGGUUCAGUACCUGAAGUCUCUCGGGGUGCGAGCUGUGAGACUCAACUCGAUCUUCCCUGCUGCCGACCACUACCCCGAGGGUUACGACACCCCACGCACGCUCUCCGGCAUCGAGCGUGCUCUCGGGACGGAGCGCGACUUCGAAGCACUCGUGGGCACGCUGCACCGACACAACAUAUCCGUGGUGCUGGACCUGCCGCUACACCCACACUUCCACCGUCUCCGGGCAGACGACGAGGGAGAACGGGGCAUCGCCGUCUCGUCCAGCGAGAAUGCCACGGACGACGAUAAUUUCACCGGGAGCUCACCCUCGUCACUCCUGAUCCCGCCCCUCGUGCAGGUCCAGGAGCAGGAGUCGGUCGUGAAGACCCUAGAGUACUGGUUGAGGCGAGACGUGGAUGGCUUCUACCUCAAGGGCCUGGAGAACUUCACGGAAGAGCCGGACUUCCCGGCGGAACUGAGGAGGUGGCGGAGGAUCCUGGACGGCUCUGGCCGUGAGAAGAUCCUCAUGUGCAGUGUUCACGUGGUGGACGUCCUGGCGAAGAGCGGUGAUGCGGUCGGCCUCCGCUCGGUCCUCGGCACCAUCGAUCUGGUCGACGUGCUGAUAGAGCUAGCGGCAGGCAACGGCACGGCGCGCGGCGUGAAGCAACAGGUGAAUGAUGUCAUGAGCGGGCCACUGUACUCUGAGCCCGUGCACCCGUGGGUGCAUUGGCGAGUCGGUGGGGAGGGGGUGCAGCGCCUGUCGUCCCGACUGCCGACCGCGAACGGCAGUCUGGCUGCCCUGCUGCUGUUCUCGCUGCUCCCGGGAACCCCGUCUGUCUUCUACGGGGACGAGAUAGGCCUCAUGGACAGCUCUGACCCUGAGGGAGAUCGGAGUGACAUGGGCCACCUGUACCACCUCGCGCCCAUGCACUGGACACAGCCGGGGCCGGACGUGGGCUUCACGCGGCACGGCAUCCUGCCCUGGCUGCCGCGCUCGGAGUCCUGGUCCUACAUCGGGGCGGGCCGGCAGAGCGCACUGCGCGACGUGGCCCGGCUGCGCCAGUCCACUCCCUGCAUCUUCAUGGAUGGCGUGUGGAAGGAGCACCGCAGUGUUCCCAACUACGAGCUCAGGAACGUGGGGCGCGACCUGUUGGUGCUGGAGCGCUGGUACCCGCGCCGCAACAGCUAUGUAGUGGUCGCCAACCUGGGCCCUGCAGUGCGGCAGUGCGAUCUGUCCUCGCGCUACUACGGCGGGGAGGUGGUGGCAGACCUGCAGGGCCGAGUGGGCCGGUACGUCACUUUCAAGUCGCUCCGGCUGUUCCCGGGCGAGGCCGUGGUCGUGAAGCUCGACAAGUAGGAGUGUCUCUCACAACUACUGCCCCAGUGGUUCUCAAACAUUUUUGUCCUACUAAUAAUUGUAGGUGCACCAUAUACAACUUUCUGGGAAAUAUGUUAUUAAUUAAGAGUUUUAUUACAGAAAAAAAUUAUACAUUACAAAAAAUAAACUGAAACACACCGUAAGUUAUUCAGAUUGUUCACAAACAGUAAAGAGUGACCACAGAGCCGUACUGAACUAAAUCACAGUUAUAUCAAAACCUGUAGAGUUAUUCAAAUAACACAUACAGUAAAACCCUGUUGUUAUGACCCCUUUUAUUAUGACCACCUCUCUGUAAUGACCCCUUUUCUAGGAACCAGGAAAAAGUUUUGUUAAUAAAGUCUAAAUUGGAAGGAAGCCUGCAGAACAUUCGUUUGGAACGUGUUGCACAGCAUUUCUCUUGGCGAGCACUGAACUGUACUUAAGACCACCUUGCUGAUCCUGUCCUCCCUCCUACCAGUCUGUGCACCGGCCAGCACCUGUCGGCCAACCACUGUGAUAAUACACUUCCCUCUCAGUUUGCUACUGUUUUCAUAACUUAGAUUUGCACAAUUAUGGAUCUCUCUUGGCUUUGAUUACUGGUUUUUUUUUUUACUCUGAUUCGGUUAUGCUUUAAAAUUAUUUUGUUAACAGUUGUUGACAACCUGCACAUAUUUGAAAUAUAGUAUAAGGCCUUCUGAUUUGUGUAAAAUAAGUAGAAAGAAGGGUUGUGUGGGAUCUCAAAAUUGGGGAAAAGUUCCAGGAUAGCCAAGGUUUUUUCCUGUGGAUAAGAAAAAAAUGUGUUUGUGGAGUCCGUGCAUGCAAAAGUAAAACUUCUUGCUUAUUAUAUUAUUACGUGUUGGAAACUCCCUUUGGCUGAGGGUGCAGAUCAAAAAAAUAUAUGCAAGUAUGUGAGUGUUAAAUUACUUAUGUUAUUGCGCAAGUAUGAGAGUGUGAACUAUGCAAGUAUUCAAGUAAGUGUGCAAGUGUAAAAAUAUGCAAGUAUGCUAGUGUGCAAAUAUGCAAGUGUACAAGUGUACCAGUGUACAAGUGUGCAGAGUGAUUUAUACCCCUCCCCUGCCAUCCCCUCCUCUACAGAUUUGCCCAUCACAUACGUAACUAUUCUCCUCAUGUGAUAGGAAUUUUCAAAAUGCUAUAAAAUGGUAGCUCCCUCAGCAAAGAACUGGUAGAGAGGAGGAGAGUGCGUCAGCAGCGACGCCACUCCAACGCAUGCACUAUUGGGAAGACAACAAGGCAGGGGGGUGAGGUACGUAGUGUAACAUGCUAUAUGCUAGUUGUAACGAUCGGAAGGGGAGAUGGCAGGGGAGAGGUGCAAAUGACGCAGCAGCGAUGCUACGGAAUCUUCGUAAUGCUGCUUGUGCUUGUUUACUCAGUUUUCGUAAAGGCUGACGAUUGAUGCUAACAUAGGUAUUUCUUUUAUUUUAUUUAAAGUAUGUACAAUUUAUUUAUUUAUUUAUGUAGAAAAGAGUUAUUUGUUUAUGCAAUUAACUUAUAAGUAGGGAAGGUGCUCAACCUAGGGACACUAUUUACAAUUUUAUUAAUUUAAUUUUUUUGCUUUUUAAAAACACUCAAUUUGAUAGAACUAUAUAAUAGUAUAACUACACAUUAUGCUGUGUUUUGAUGUUAAAUUGAAUGUGAUAUUAGUAAAGCUUAUAAAUUAAUUUCAUGUUUUUAUAAACAAUGUUUUCUGUCCCUUGGUACAGCACCCUGAUGUACCUAGGGAUAUUGGUGGAUGUACCAAGGGACAUUCUGUUUUAUGUCAACAGUACAAGAACAGUUUUGCAAUUAUUGAGCACAUGCUACAUGUUUUUAAUUUAAAGUGAAUAGGAUUGUAAAUAUACAUAAUUUGACUUCCUAUAAGAUAUUACUCCGUGCACAAAUAAUGGAAAAUCUAUAAGUAUUUUUUUAAAAUUUAAACUUGACUGCAGUAUUUUUACAUAACAUAAUUAGGCUAUAUUUUACCACCAGCUUUAGUCAUUAACAACAUUUUACAUAACAAUAUGAAGAUAAUUCACUUAAACAUUUUCAAAAUUUGUUGAAAAUACUUAGCCUAGCUAUAUCAGAAUACAAUCAAUUUGUAAUUUCACUUCAACCCAAAUUAAAGCUGCUGAAAUUGACAGGAAAUCUUAACUGAGACUUCUUUCUUUUUGACUUUGCUAGUUCUAUUUUUGGUGGAGGUAGUAUACACGCAAUUUCAUCUGGAAGAAUUUCAUAAAUGUCAGCACGUUCAUCGAAAAUAAAACAGUUAUCUGAUUUCAUCAUUUUUUUCAGAUAUGUCACUUCAAAAUGUUUAAGGCUAGCAAUGUCAUCUACCGAGCACACCUUACCCACAAAAAUGCAUUUUUGUCUUUUUGCCUUUGCACAGGACCAAAAUAAAAUCACCUACUUCGACACUAUCCAAUUCUAAUUGUUCUUGUAAGUCAGCUGCUCUGAUUUCCCUUUCGGAAUCAAAAUCAUCAUCAGUAUCUGGAAGUCUCAACUCUUCUGUGUCCUCUUCACUACUUGAUUCAUAGAGCCUUUUUGAUGAAGCAAUUUUAGGUCUAAUUUUAUCUACCUUCUCAGGUUUCUGUUUUUUCUUUUGUUUCUUUUCUAUUUCUAAUUUUUGAGGCGUAUCUGUAAGAAUUCUGGUUUUCCCCUUUCUUCGUCCCUGCAGACCUUGUUUUCGUUGACCGGCCUUUGGAAAAGGACGUAUGGCUUCAGGCGUUACUCGUAACACAGCAUUGUUUGUUGUUCAAUUAGAUGUUGGUGAAGCGGCUGUUUGAAGACUUGUACUUGGGGUGGCUGAAGAAUGGAGUGUCACUAUGGUGACACUACUUGAAGGCAAUGAAGUCUUCAGUGACACUACUUGAAGGCAAUGAAGUCUUCAGUGACACUACUUUAAGGCAAUUAAGUCUUCAGUGACACUACUUGAAGGUAAUGAAGUCUUCAAUGACACUACUUGAAGGCAAUGAAGUCUUCAGUGACACUACUUGAAGGCAAUGAGGUCUUCAGUGACACUACUUGAAGGCAAUGAAGUCUUCAGUGACACUACUUGAAGGCAAUGAAGUCUUCAGUGACACUACUUGAAGGCAAUGAAGUCUUCAGUGACACUACUUGAAGGCAAUGAAGUCUUCAGGUUACACAUUGCGCUAUCUGGUCUGUCAGUGACAUUAGAGGACAGAAAUUCCUCAUCAUCAAAAAUUGCAUUAAUCAGAGGGAUGAUCCCAGUUACCCUGAACCCACUGGUAACAUUUUUAGGAGUAAAUGCUAACUCGUAAGCCUUUCCUGCGAGCUCACCAAUGUCAUAUAUUUUCACUGGCUUUCCUACAUUUCCAGGAGAGUUCAUCCAAUCAUACAUAGCAGUGUUGUAAUGUGUCUUAAAUGGCCCAAAAACAGUCCGGUCAAGAGGUUGCAACUUGUGACUAGAGUGAGGUGGUAUGGUAAGGAGAACAACUCCACAUUCCCUAGCCCUAUCAAUAAGUCUUACAGAAAUGUGAGACUCGUGGUUAUCAAGUAUUAGUAGGUGUUUCAGAGACACGCUUGGCUUAGCAUGAACUAAGAAAUGGUCAAAAUAUUGCAAAAAUAAAUCUUCGUUUGACCAGCCACUUACAUUUGCAGUUCCUGUCAUGAAUAUAGACCAGUGAUGUCAAGAUGGCCGGCCUAUGUAAACACAGUCAAGUAGUCGCUAGUGUUAUUGUAUGCAUAUUGUAGUCAGUAGUCGAAUAAAUUAAUUGCAAACAAUCUCUCCGAAUUGUCAACGUAUUCAUUUGCUAAUGAAUACAUGGUGCCGAAACCCGGGACUGUGUUAUGAAGAGUUAAACGAACAUACAACUAACGUGGACAGUUAAUAAGAAAUCGUCAUGGCCACGGAGUCGGGGGUAAGCUUAAAACCACCCAAACCAUUAGUAAUUACAGAACAAGGUAUGGCGAAUGCGUGGAAAUUAUGGAGUCAAAAGUUUGAAUGGUAUUCUGUCGCAACUAACCUCAUGAAAAAAAGUCCGGAAGUACAAGUUGCCACCUUCAUGACAAUAAUAGGCUCGGAUGCAGCUAAUAUAUAUAAUACCUUCUCACUCACACAGGCAGAAGAAAGAAAUUUAACAGAGAUAAAAACAAAAUUUGAUGCAUGUUUCUCUCCUAAAUCGAACAUAACCUACGAACGGUAUAUCUUCAACAAGAUUGUGCAAAUGGACAACCAGCUCUUUGACGAUUUUCUGACUUCUGUCAUAAAUCAAGGGAAAAAAUGUGACUUCCAGGAAUUGACAAAUAGCCUUUUGAGGGAUAAAAUAGUGGUGGGCAUUUACAGGGAUUCCGUACGUGAACGACUGCUAGCUGAAGAAAAGCUAACCUUUGACCAGGCAGUAAAAAUUUGCAGAGCUGCAGAACUAACUAAACAGCAAUUACUAACGAUGAAGACGGAUAAUGCACCAGCAGUUGAAGCCAUCCGCAUGGACAGAAAUAGAAAAGGAAGGCCUUCAUCAAGAGGAACAGAAAGGAAUCGGUCACCACCGUUUGAGUGUUCCAGGUGCGGCACUUCCCAUCAAAGGAGAUCAUGUCCGGCGUUUGGGAAGUCUUGUAGAAAAUGCGAGAAACCAGGGCUCUUUGCACACAUGUGCAAGUCCAGGCAAGUUACAACACUCACAAGUGUGAAUUCACAAGUAGAAGCAGCAAAACACCGGCCACUUAGAAGACUCGGAGGAAGUGUUUCUAGUGUCAUGUUUGGCCAGGUCCGAAGCAGAGUUUGACUGGAUGGAAACAUUGACCCUACAAAAUAAAUACAAGGUAAACUUCAAGCUAGACACUGGCGCACAGUUGUCGAGAAGGGACACCAAUGUGUACUUGGAAGGAAAACAUGUGAAAGCUUACAGUUUGUUAAACGCAUGGAAGUUGUGGACACAUGUGAUGAAUUAUUUGAGGGUAUAGGGCACUUGAAGGGUUUUGUUUACGAUAUAGACUUAGUAGACCAACCUAACCUCAAAGUACACCCACCUCGGAAAGUACCCUAUCCUAUAAGGGACAAGGUCAAAGAAGAGCUUGACAGUAUGGUAAAUAGCAACAUUAUCACACCCAUUACUGAACCCACCCCGGCAGUCUCGCCCAUGGUUGUUGUACGCAAGGAAGUUCAAGUUAGAAUAUGCAAUGAUCCCUCUGACAUAAACAAAAACCUAAAAAGACGGCAUUUCCCACUUCAGACGCUGGAGGAAAUUGCGACUCGCUUAAAUAAAUCCAAAUACUUUACACUAUUAGAUUGUAGAAAAGGAUUCUGGCAAAAAAAGCAUCAGAAAGGACCUCUAAAUACUUGACCUUUGCAACACCCUGGGGCCGAUAUGCUUGCAAACGCAUGCCGUUUGGCCUAGCCUCAGCUCCAGAGGUAUUUCAGCAAGUAAUGACUCAUCUCUUGCAAGACAUUGAAGGCAGAAUGCUCGAUGGAUGAUAUCCUGAUUCAUGGAAUCCCUUACAACGACCGUGAUAGCCAAACUUAAAGACGCGGGGCUGAAGCUAAAUGCCAGUAAAUGCUGUUUCAAUAGAGAGCAAGUCAAAUUCCUGGGUGACAUCAUAAGCAGCCAAGGACUCUCGCCAGACCCCGAAAAAGUGGAAGCAAUCGAGCAAAUGAAGAAACCCACAACAGUGCAAGAGUUACAGAGAUUUCUUGGCAUGGUGAACUACCGUAUUUACUCGCGUAAAGGCCCCGCCCGCGUAUAAGCCCCCCUCCUUGUUUUGUAAACAUUUUUGAGAAAAAAUUUAAAAACGUGUUUUUCUGGGUUUAUCUGAGGGCAGGGCAGCUUGGCAUGCAUCAAACAACAAGCCAUGUAUUGUGACCGGCGGGAGGUGAUCUUGUAAGCGGCAGUGAUACAGAGACUGGUAUUAUAGUUUGUCCGUUCUCAGUAGGACCGUCGUGAAGCAUGCCAGACGUAAGCAGUUAGUCCUAUCUCAAACGACAUAAAGAUAAAGAAAGCUGGACUCGCGCGCUGUGUUGAUGUGCAGUGUUGUCGGAGAAGAAGAGGGGAAGUGAAGGAGGAAGGGAAGUGGGUCAAGGAUUCUAACACUCCUUUGUCUGGUUGGCUGGCUAGCUGGCAGGAGGGAGGUUAAGCCACGCCUCUGCCUCUCUCCCCUCCUGACACAGCGCUGCCUCUGCCUCUCUCCCCUCCUGACACAGCGCUGCCUCUGCCUCUCCCCCCUGCGGAGUCGUUGCCUCUCUCUCUCCCUCCUGCCGCGUCGCUGCCUCCCCCGCCUUCCUCAUUCGAACAAAGACGCACAACUUGAAAAGAAAAAUCAAUUUUUUCCUCCAAAUUCGCGUAUAGGCCCCCUCCCCUUUUUUGGAGUCAAAAUUUGGGGAAAAAAGGGGGGCCUUUACGCGAGUAAAUACGGUACUUGUCCAAGUUCAUACCAAAGGUGUCAGAAAUAUCGACACCCCUGCGACAGCUCUUGGAGAAAAAUUUCGCUUGGCACUGGGGACAAGAGCAGGAUAAAGCCUUCGACACACUAAAAAUCUGCCUCAAGAAUCCCCCAAAAACCAGUUACCUUAUCAGUAGAUGCAAGCAGCCACUCAGUAGCAUCAGUUCUGAUGCAAGAAGAUCAGCCCAUUGCCUAUGCAUCAAAGGCACUGACAAAGGCUCAGCUAAAUUAUAGCCAAAUGGAAAAGGAAGCCCUGGCCAUAUUAACAGCAUGUAAAAAAUUUCACCAGUAUAUUUGGGGAAACACAAACCUACUAAUUGAGACUGACCAUAAACCUCUGGAGGCCAUUUUCAAAAAGCCACUCCUGGACGCGCCUGCCAGACUGCAAAGGAUCCUGUUCGAGGUAUUGCCAUAUCACCCCACAGUAACGUACAAAAGGGGAGCACAAUUGUACAUAGCCGAUGCAUUAAGCAGAGACUGCCACAACAUUCCAGAAACAGACAGUCAAAACACUUUUGAAAUCCACGUCUUAAUGCCAUUGUCAAAGGAGCGCACUAUGGAGUUGCUAGAAGCCAUUAACAAUUGUGACGAACUAUUCACCUUACGGGCAACUAUACUGAAGGGAUGGCCGUCCAAACAGGAACUCCUACCAGAAUGCCUGCGUAAAUAUUGGACUUAUCGAGAAGAUUUAGCAGUGUACAAGGACAUAAUUUUCAAAGGGAUGCGCACCCUCAUCCCAAGUAGCAUGAAACCACUGGUGCUGUCACAUUUACAUCGUCCACAUAAGAGCAUCCUAGGUACCUUACAGCUCGCACGGGACCAUGUGUUCUGGCCAGGAAUGACGCAGGACAUCACAGAAUUUGUCCUAAAGUGUGCUACCUGCAACCGGUCACAACGGGACCCUCCUCAUGAAUGCCUCAGUGCAGAACUCAUCCCAUCUCGUCCGUGGAUGUACAUGGCAUCGGAUCAAUUUCAGAUAAAGGGUGACAACUUCCUCGUCAUAGCAGAUAGUUAUUCAGGCUACUUUGAUUUUAUACAGUUGCGAUCAACUACGAGUGAUGCAGUUAUCAAAGAAAUGAAACGAUGGUUUGCUCAACAGGGGAUUCCAGACGAACUUAGGACAGAUGGAGGCCCACAGUUCACCUCCUUUGAAUUUGGAAAAUUCCAAAAAGAGUGGAACUUCUCACACCGCAUCUCUAGCCCCCAUUUUCCCCGCUCAAAUGGGUUAGCGGAGCGAUACGUCCAAGCGGCUAAAAAUUUAUUGCGCAAAUGCAGCAUAGACAAGACAGACACAAUGCUUGCCCUCUUGCACCACAGGAAUACCCCUCGAGGAAGGCUUGGCUCUCCAGCCCAAAGCCUCAUGGGCCGCAGGACAAAAAUGCUGCUUCCAAUCAGUGAGAAGUUGCUGCUACCAGCACUAGUAAAAGGUGUUGCAAAUAACCUCAAAUUUUUACGACAAGCGGAAACACAAACGUUCAACAAAAACAAAUCAAAGCCACUUCUCUUUUACCAGAAGACGAAGUUCUUUACCGGGAAGCACACAGGAAUUGGGUUCCUGCAAAAAUUGUUCAACCAGUACCAGAGGCACGCUCGUACAUCAUCGACACACCCACUGGUAGAUAUAGGAGAAACUCGUGGUUAUCAAACCCUCGGGUCCCUCCUCCGUGACUCUCAGCAACCACGUACAUCGGAGAAUGCCGCACAUUCCAGGGGAAAAUAGAAAGGACGAAGAGGAAGUGACACCACACCCAGCGGGCGAAGCAGCACAACCACCCACGUCUGAUAGGACACUCUCAAGGAGCACUUCUCCGAACUUGCUGGGGUUCAAGGAAAACCUCCAGCAUAGGAACCCUGCCACGAACACCAGUUUAGCCAAAGGAACACAAGCAUGGAUACACAUAUCCCUAAGCAGACUCGCAGCGGAAGAUACGUGAUUCCUCCAUCCAAAAUGAACCUGUAAUGUAAAGUAAUACCAGCCUAGGGUACUGUGUAUUUAGAAGUAGAAUUAGUAAUUGUCAGACUGUCAAGAUAGCACUGGAAUAGACUCGUUGGAAAAGGGAGGAUGUCAUGAAUAUAGACCAGUAAUGUCAAGAUGGCCGGCCUAUGUAAACACAGUCAAGUAGUCGCUCGUGUUAUUGUAUGCAUAUUGUAGUCAGUAGUCGAAUAAAUUAAUUGCAAACAAUCUCUCCGAAUUGUCAACGUAUUCAUUUGCUAAUGAAUACAGUUCCCACUGAUCCAACUGGUGCUCCUUUGAGCAUAUGCUGUUUAAAGUUUACCCGUGGAAAAAUGAAAAAUGGUGGAAUACUAUUUCCAACACCAUUGAUGCACGAAAUCAUUGUGAUAUUCUGGCCACGUUCAGCAGAUGUCAUUCCUCCUACUUGCUUUAAACCUUUCUCAGCAAAUACUUUAGGAGGUACAUGAACAGUCGUUAGGCCUGCAGAGCUGCCAACCAUUACGGAUUUUCCGUAAUUAUUACGGAUUUUAACCCCGAAUUACGGAAUUACGGAACAUCGCUGGUUUAUUACGGAAACGAGGCUUUGUGCUGCAUGGUAACGGAGAAAAUUCCGUUUCUGCUGUGCGUGUUUCGUGAACGCAGUUUGAAUACAUAGCUUGGUUGCUCAAAUAACGGAACUAGUAAGUGUGCGCAUGUACGAUGUACUGUCGAAAUAAGUAAAUUAAUUCUCGUGUUUUCAAACAAUAAUGGGAUGGUAUUACGUCCGUUGUACGAUACAACUAGUACAUAUUCUCGGACUUAUCGUUUGAAGGCUACUUACAUCACGAUAAUUUUUGUACGGUACUUUGGCUAACUUGUGUUGUGUUAAUUUAUUUCUUGAAAGCCAUUUUUUUCAUCAUAGUGUUUUUGUCGUGUCUACAGACGUGAAUUUUUUUUUAUGUUUUUUGAUAGUGUUGUGUUCUUCAGUGCCGGUUGUAGAAAUGAAGCGUGUGACAGAAUAAUGUGUAUCUGGGGAAAAAAAAAACACGCAAGUCUUCAGAACUUUCGACUUAAAUAUUCAAAAGAAUGCCCAUGCUUGUCGUUUUCAAAUGUUUGGAACGCCACGGUUUUGUAAUGUAUGCACGUGUGACUUUUCGAUUGCACAUGGUGGAAGGGAUGACUGUAGACGGCAUAUUAAAUCAAAGAAACAUGCAGAACAUUUUAAAGCCGUGACGAGCAAUAAAUCUAUACCUUUGUUUUUUCGCUACAUCUGAAGAAACGAAAGUAACGAACGCAGUUAUUGUUUACAAGUCCUUGUGUUUGUCUUGUUGUUUGUUUACAUGACAUUUCUUAUCCAACCAGGAUAAAAUAAGCAAAUAAAAAGACAGUUGUUUUAAACUUUAACUUUGAAUACUUUGAAUUGAUGAUUCAAAAUAUCCAGUAAAAUUAUUAUUUCUUACAUAUUCAGAUGAUUGUAUUGUUCAAAUAGAUUUUUUUUAUUCAUUAAUUUGCAUUGUAUUCAUAUUUUUUCUUUUGCAUAUCAUUGUCCUUGUUUUAUCUUGUGAGUGUGUUAUAAUGCCCCAGGAAAAAUUUAUCGUGCAUGAUUUACGCGUACUUUUUUCAUAUACCUAAUUGCCAUUACUGAUGGGUGUGAUUUGAGGUUGGCAGCUCUGGGCCUGUCUCAUCAACAUUCCAUAUCUGGUGAGGUUCAAAGUUGUGUUUAUCUAGAACAUCUUGGUAGUUCUUGAAGAACUCCGAGACUGUGGUCCUAUUGAAUGAUAUAGAGCGGAACAAGCUUGUUGAUUCUGGUUUGCGGAGAGAUAACUGUGUAUUGCGCUUCCGAAACAUGCGUAACCAACCCUCACCUGCGAUUUGAUGUUCUUGCCACUCUGGCACAACAUUGUUAUUAUGUUUAGCAUACUGAUAUGCCACUUUCCUGGUCUCUACUGUUGUGAGGCCAUAAUGAAGCUUUGCAGAAAGUAGCAAAUAACUGGCAAGUUCUUUCUCUUCUUCAGAGGAAAACACUUUAUGAACAUCAAACCUAGGUUUGUAUUUGAAUGAUUCAUAGUUUUGCUCCCUACAUUUAACUAUAUAACGAGCUACUGCAGACUUCGCAACACCGUACUUAUCUGCAGAUCUUCUGAUGGUCAAUUUAUUAUCAAGGACAUCAUUCACAGCUGCCUCCAUGACUUCUUUUGAAGGUGUCGGUCUCUUCUUACCACUCUUGCUGCGAGCCAUUAUCCUGAAAUAUAAUAAAGUACAUUUAAUACAUAUAUUUAACAGUUAAAAAUAACAUUUGUAAAUUAUUAACAAUUAAAAGAAAGGAUAAUGUACCUAAGGACACAAAUGAUGAACCAGGGGACGUCCCCAGGUACAUCAGCACUAAGUGUCCCUAGGUACAUAUGUACAUAACUCUUAACCUAAAAAUUAAUAAAAAAAAUUUGGGUAGCUUUGAAAAUAAAACUACUUUUGCUGAAAGCAAACCCAAAUUACAAUUUAACUGUCACCUUAUAAAAUAAAUUAUCACAGCAUUACCAUGUAAAACAAUCAGCUGUUCCUUAUGCCACAAUUCGUCACCAUAUUGAAUAAAUUUAGACUGUAACCAGUAGGCCCAUUGUAACCAACAAUAUACAGUAGGAAAAUUAAAUGUAUUAACUAUCUCUAUACAUGUUUUAGCUAUUGUCCCUAGGUACACAGUGUCCCUAGGUUGAGCACCUUCCCCUAUCACUCAUUUUUAUGUGAAUAGUGUGAUUGAAAAUGUAAAAAAAGAUGUAUAGAUUUAAGAGGUUAGCUUUAUAAGAGUAAUUUAUUUUUGGUAUGCGAACACUGUGAAUUAAAUUGUCAAAAGGACUUAUCGACAGACUUUAUAAGUGUAAUUUAUGUUCAAUUGGAGUGUUUUUUUCUUCUUUCAUUUUAUUCAGGUGGAGAUGAUAAUUAACAUCAUUCCUAAAAAUAAUAAAAAGGCAGAAGCAGAUAAGACGUUUUAUCAAACGCAAGUUGAAUAAACGGCCAAAAGAGGUGCCAAAAAGUGCCAGUGAAUGGAUACGAGAGUACAGGGUGCGUAAAAAGGCAUUUUUUUUUCAUUUGAGAUCCUACCUACAUAUUUACUUUUUUUUAAUUAUUAUAUUUUGUUCAGGUAUCUAUACCUAAUAAACAAGAAGUUUCUCUUCUGUCAUGCAUAGAAUUCACGCACACUUUUUUGUUAUAUCUAGACACACAUUUCUCCACAUACCCGUGCACCGUUGAGAACCAAGCGCUAGAGACCUGCAAGUGAACGGCUACGCAUGUGUCACUGUAGCGUGGUGCACUGAAUAUCAGUAUUACUGUGCUGGCUUACUUAGAACCUACAACAAUCAUUAUGCCAAUCUGUAUUAACAAGAUUAUCAUUAGCUAAUGAAACUGUCGCACAAUCUUCUUGAGCAAGUUUAACUGCUGAGCCAUUAUUUCCUGUCUAAACAUACAGACUCAACAUCUUGAUUUCAUUCUAACAUGUACACAACUGGGGUGAAAUUACAUGAAGAUUCAUAAAUUAUGGUAUAGAGUAUAGUGUAUUUAUAAUUGCAUGUAUGCGAAUGCAUAUGCAUAUUAUUUGGCCAUGGUGAUGGUCAUGAUUUUUACAUUUUAUGUAUAUUUUAAUUGUUUCAUAUACAAUAAUAUCUGAACAAAACCAAUAUUCUAUAUUACUUUGUGGUUUAUAUUUGUUACAUAUGUAAAUCCAGAUGGGGUUAUUUUCUUGUGUCUCAAAACUUUUUCAGUUGUAUUCAUGCCAAGUAAUUAACUGUGACAGUAAACUUAGUUUUAACUGGAUUAACUAAUUUUUGCUUUCAGUUUUUUUUAUUUCUAAACUUUUCAUUACAUUAAUGUGUUAGCAAAUAAACUUUGAUUGAACACAUGUAUGUAUCUUCAUAUUGGUAGUGUUCGUCACAAAAUUUCCAAUUUCAUUGGUUGCCAUUUGUUACAUUUCAAUGCACUAUAGAAUCUGCAGACAGAGAAGCUUAAAUACCUCGCACUUGUGUGAACUGUGUCUGUAUUUUACAUUGUCAUGUCAUUGUGGAAUGGGCCUUAGUAAAACUGUUAACAAUAGUGUUUGGUUGAUUCUGGAUACAGCCCAUUCCACCAAUUUCAAUGCUAUUGAAGGUUUCAGUGUCCAAUGAUUUUGUCAUUGAAGCUGGUCGAUUCUUUCCCAAUAGCACCAUCUGGAAAUUUGAAUAUUUUAUUUUGUUGUUUUCUUUGAUAUGGGCAUCAAACUUGAUUUCAUAAUACUUCAAAUAAGGAUUUUUGUCUGACUAAUCAGGAAAUUUACCAUACAUUGGUUGAUUUGUAUGAUACAGCAUGUCUCAGCCGAUACCACACUAAUCAGCCGAUAGUCCUCUAAUUGGCUGAUACCCCACUAAUACCUUACUAAUUGGGAGAUACCCUACUAAUCGGGAAUACCUUAUUAAUCAGGUAAUAUGAAUUAUUCUGACGAAUAGUCUUUCUGACAGGCAAUUUGUGAAUAAUCAGACUAGUUUCAUUAAUCAGGAUUCUACAUUUGUUUCUUGAUUCAUCAUAGUUUUCAAGUAUUGAUGAAAGUAUCGAGCUGAUUUACUACAAAUCUUCUUUGAUUCAAUAGGAUAUUAGUUGUUAACAGAGCAACAAUGAUUUUUUUUUUUUUUCAUAAAUAUGACCAAAUUUAGUAGUAUCGAGUGUUAUUACAUAAUUUUUUUUUUUGCAUUACAAGUCUCUUAACGAUAGAAUACCACAAUUCUGUUGAUACUUUAACAAGUAUUUACCCUAUUUUCAAUUCUGCAAUAAAUUACAAUAUUGUCACAGUAUAGAAAUACAGAACAUAUAUGUAUGUGAAAUUAUAAUGACAAGUCUUCUUCAGUUGUUCAUUAAUUGAAAUAGUAGUAAGUUAACAAAAAAUAUUAUUUAUUACUCAUCACAAAUGUAAAUAACAAUAGGUUUAUGUUUCUGAGUAUGCAAAUCAGAUUAGUAUGACCAGUAUAGAAUUGGACAGUAUCUGAAUCAAAAUCAAAUACCAAUUAUGAGAAUGAAAACUGUAAUUUAAAUGACCAUUUUUUUUUUGGAAUUGACCCAAAACGUUUUCAGAACAACUGCAGUAUUUAAGUAAAAAUUAUAAUGUUUUGAGACUGGAAAAUGCUUUGGAACACUAAUCUCAUUUAUGAAAAGUGGAUAGAUCACAUACAAUGAAACAUCAUUAACAGAGUCUUUAAGUUAUUCUGAUGUAUGAAAUAUUUUUUUUAUUAUUCUUGUCUUGUGAUAGUACUAAUGGAACCUCUUUACAAAGCUCCUUACUUUAAAGAAUUUCUCACAAUCAAGUAUAUAUUCUCAGAUUCCUGUAAGAUGCUUUAUAUUUAGUAAUAGUUCAACAUUAAGUAUUUUAAUUACAAAAUGCUAAAAUUGUUAUAAAACUAUGUCAUGUUAAGCCAAGGACACAUAUAUUUCUUGUCUAGAAAAUUGUAAAAAUAAACCUUAACUUUUUCUUCAUAAUGAGGCUAAAAAUAAAUUUAUUUUUGUUACAGUAAAUUUUUAAAAUAAAUUUGUUUAAAAUAUAGCUUUCCUUAUCUUGUAACAACUAAAGUUGCCAACAUGGUCAUGACAAUUUAUAUUAAGCUUAUAAUGAAACUUGAAAUACAACAUGAAAGUUGAGAAUUAUGGACAUUUUGAAAUGUGGAUUCAAAAUAUACUUGUGUAUAAUCAACUGAAUUAUAUUUUACGAUACAAAUGUAAAGUCUGCUGAACAAAAAACACUGGAACAUAAGUCUUCCGAUGAGUUGAAUGCCAUAACUAUGCCAAACGUAAUAGGGGUUGUAAACACUUAAUAAAUGAUUAGAUAAAAAAUAUUAAUUAGCAAUAUGAGGAUUUUCUUUGAAGUUCAGCACCCUUUCUACGUUGGGAUAUUCAGCAAAUUUAUGCUAAAACCAAUGUAGCUUGACUUGAAAAGAAUAUAUUUAUCAUAAAAUUCCAUUUUUAGCCUUGAGAAAUGUUGCUCCAAAGGGGAAAAAAAUAUGUAUUUUGGUAAUGGAUACUGGAAGCUGAAUGAACUUGUAAUGUGCUAGGAAAAUCUGUAAUAAAGCACAGUGAUGUGAACGUGAAUGCAAA